GUGCCUCCGAGGUGAGGACUGGUCUCUUUCAGCUGCGUAAACACACACACACGCGUGCGCGCGCAAACAAGCACGCACGCACUUACACACACCGGCCUGUGCGUUGUAGUCCUUGGCCACUCCACCUGCAUGAUCUGUGAGCCAGGUGAGUAUAAGCACUAGUGGUGGGUGUGGUGUCAUUCUCAUAGUCCCGUAUGACCUGCUACAUAUAGGCCAGCGGUGAGCAAGUGAGACAGCUUUUCGUUUACACAAAGCAGCGGAGCGGCAGCGGGACGCGGGCGGUUCUCCGUGGCUCGUCCUGUAAUUAUCUGCCAUUAGUUCAUAUCCAGGGGAUCUCACGUCGGCCGCUAAGCCUGCAAGAUGAACUUCAAGAAUUUUAGGGAGUACCUGGCUUGGCUGUACUACCAGUACCUGCUCAUCACCGGCAUCUAUGUCCUGGAACCCUGGGAAAAGUCCAUUUUCAACUCCAUCCUCUUCUCCGCAAUCGCCAUGGUGAUCUACACCUCAUACGUCUUCGUGCCAAUCCACGUGCGCCUCGCACUGGAGUUUUUCUCUGGGAUCUUCGGCGGCCAGCCUGAGAGCACCAUGGCACUCAUGAACUAAAAGAAGGAGAGAACAUGGAGGGGAAAGAGGCAGCGACUGGGCGGAUUAGCAUGAGUCCCCAAAUCAUUUCCUAUUACUCAGCUCCUCCUCAGCUCGAACCACAGCGCUCAGCCACUUCUGCUAAUCAAGACUGAAAACAUGAAGAUCUUAAUGGAAUGAUCUGGAAAUCAGAGCCUUACUAUCUUCUUUACAUCCCAAACCCUCUGGCCUUACCCCAUGGUAUUAGACACACGACUGUACAUUACUUUCACACCCUCGCUGUGAAACAUCUUGUGAAAUGUUGUUUGUUCCAUUUGUUUAUUUUUUUUUAAUCCCCCCCACACAUGUCCUGCGUGACUGCAUACCACCUGUUGGUUUUGCAUGAUAGGGUCAUAUGGGGCUGGUAUAUUUGCAUGCUCAUCUCACUAAAAAAUACGCCUAGGCUUUUUUCUGUUCAUGAUGUUGAAGCAACAGUCUUUAAAGGGGCAUUCCAGGGAUUCAGUUUGUCACCUCCGCCAAAAUUGGAGAACUUGUUAAGAGACAGAUUAAACAGAGAGUGGUCUUAAUCGAAGCAGCCGAGGUCAAGCGUCAAGACAAAACACUGGAUCCUACAUUUCCCAUAAUACAACUCAAGUGGGUCUUUUGGUAGACCCUCCCUGAGCUGGUCAAUGCCCACAUCUUUUAAACCCAAGGCACAGCCAACAUAUGUGUAGUCUCUAAGCCCAGGCUGAAAUGGCUCUGAUGACUUUCUCUGGGUUAUUUUUCAGACUAUGGCUGUGUCUGAAAUCACUGUUAACUAUAAAGUGCACUACAUUUAGCCUCUGCCAUUUGAUAUGUACAGUAUAACGCCCUCAAAAGUUCCAACAAUGGAACGAAAAAAGUGCAUUCUGCAAUUAGUCCCACAAUGCAAUGGUUCACGCUUUAUAGAUGUGAAAAUAGCCAUUAUGCAGCUGUCAGCAAUGAUGCAAAAUGACUGUUUCGUAAAUGUCUGUCUAAACUCACUACAGAGUAAACUGUUGAUAGGAAGUAGUGAAUUAGAGAAGGAGGGAGUGAUUUCAGACACGGCCUUUGUAGAGCUCCACUCAGAGCCACUGAAGACAUCUUAGAGCUGUUUUCACAGGCUGAGUACUCUCUGUGACGAGUACACUGAGCUUUAUCUGUAUAAUCAGUGGAUUGCCCCUUUAAGUAUGUGUGUCCUUUUUAAUCUGCUACAUCUGUGGCGCCACAUUAUCACCGAUUGGGAACUGCGCUCUGGUAAAAAGGCGAGUUAGUGCUCAUCCCAGCAUUUCUGACAUGCACUUAAGUUGCUGGUUGAUCUAUGCUUUUGUGUCAGAGCCAUCAUCACCUUUUUAAGUUGCCUUUAUGCAGUGUAAUGCUGACUAGCAGGGUGCAUUGCACAUUUCAAGUCACUGUGUAGCUGAUCUUCCAAGAGAGCGCUGAUAGAAAAUCCCAAGCUAUGCAACGGAUCUUAAAAGUGUAACGAUCGGGGAUGCGUCACACAGUUGAGGAAUGUUUGUCCCAGGCCCACAUUUACCGAUUUACUGGUCAAAGUGAGUAAUAAAACGAAGUACGGCACGAAUGUGCGCCGAACCCUCUCUUUAUCUUCUGUUUUUUAGCUGGUUGGUGCGUCGGGAAGGUGUGGCCUGCACUGAGCAUGAGCAAAUAUUUAUACAACACACCUUUGCAGUUUAGGCUUGGCUUUGUUAAAAUCAACAGCCUCUGGACUCAAAGCAGAACUGCUUGUGGUCACACGCAAAAUGCAAAGACAAACGCAGCCUGGAUGAAAAGCAAACCCUGUCUUCCUCACAUAUAGUUGAUCUAUAGAGGAUGAACCGGAGACAGAAUGAGUCGCGGGGUAUCUGGUAGCUGUGAUGAGCAUUGCAUUUAGUUGUGUGCUUAAGAUCAUCUUUGAUUAUUUGUGCUUUGGGUCAAGGGCUCGCUGAUUACAGUCAAAUCAUGAUCUCUAAGUUAACUUUAUUUAUACGGAGUUAUAUAUUUAUAUACACUGGUAAAUGCUUGGCUGGUUACAAUGUCAAUUACCAAACUUCUUUGAUUAUUUAUACCUGUGUUCUCUUGUGGCCAUAAAUAACACAUCAUUUGUUCUUUCCUUUAUUUUUCCACCUGAAAGUGCUUUUAUAUUGUUCCCAGUUUGCGUCAUUUCAUGUAAAGUUUCGUUAAACAUGUUGCAGUAGUUCCAAACAUUUCCUGUACCAAGAAUGAAGAGCUCUCUGAGAGGCUUUUGUCGCUGUUCACCAAAAUGAAUGUUAUAGACCUAUUUAUACAUGAUAGCAACACAUCACUGCAAUAUCCAGAAAAUAAAGAUGUCUGAAGAU